CUUCGUCGAGGCAGGACGUGCGCCCCAGCCGGGCCGGACCGAGCCGAGCCGAGGCCAGCGAGAGUCGCGUCCAGCCGAAGCCGGCUGUGCCCCGCGCGCGGCCUCAGGAUCCGGGCAUCCUCCGCCCUCUGCCCGCCUCGCACGGCAGCCCCCGCCUCUCCGGGACCCUUGGGCGCAGCCGGCGGGUCGCCCCUGUCGCAGAGCCAACAUGCCCAUCACUCGGAUGCGCAUGAGACCCUGGCUAGAGAUGCAGAUUAAUUCCAACCAAAUCCCAGGGCUGAUCUGGAUUAAUAAAGAGGAGAUGAUCUUCCAGAUCCCGUGGAAACAUGCGGCCAAGCAUGGCUGGGACAUCAAUAAGGAUGCCUGUCUCUUCCGCAGCUGGGCCAUUCAUACAGGCCGAUACAAAGCAGGGGAAAAGGAGCCAGAUCCCAAGACGUGGAAGGCAAACUUUCGCUGUGCCAUGAACUCCCUGCCAGACAUUGAGGAGGUGAAGGACCAGAGCAGGAACAAGGGCAGCUCAGCUGUUCGGGUGUACCGGAUGCUCCCACCUCUCACUAAGAACCAGAGGAAAGAGAGAAAGUCCAAGUCCAGCCGUGACACCAAGAGCAAGGCCAGGAGGAAGUCAUGUGGGGAUUCCAGCCCUGACGCAUUCUCCGAUGGACUCAGCAGCUGCACCCUGCCUGACGAUCACAGCAGCUACACAGCUCAGGCCUACCUGGGGCAGGACCUGGAUGGGGAGCGGGCCCUUACUCCAGCGCUGUCGCCAUGUGCCAUCAGUAGCACUCUCCCAGACUGGCACCUGCCAGUGGAAAUCAUGCCAGAUAGCACCAGUGACCUGUACAACUUCCAGGUGUCACCCAUGCCUUCCACGUCUGAAGCUGCAACAGACGAGGAUGAGGAAGGGAAGAUCCCAGAGGACAUCAUGAAGCUCUUGGAGCAGUCAGAGUGGCAGCCCACAAAUGUGGAUGGGAAGGGGUACCUGCUCAAUGAACCUGGAGCUCAGCCUGCAUCUGUCUAUGGAGACUUCAGCUGCAAGGAGGAGCCAGAAACUGACAGCCCUGCGGGUGAUAUUGGGCUGAGCCUACACCGUGUCUUCACAGAUCUGAGGAACAUGGACCCCAGCUGGCUGGACAGCAUGCUCACCCCAGUCAGGCUGCCCUCCAUCCAGGCCAUUCCUUGUGCACCGUAGCUGGGUCCCUGAGCCCCUCACUCCUCUAGACAAGCAGGACCUGGCAUCAUGGUGGUUGUGGUGCAGAGAAGCUGCCCCUGCAGCCCCUCAACAUAGCAAAUCGUGACUCCUCUGCCAAGCAGGGAUGGCAUCUUCCCCCCAUGGACCUGCAGGCCAGGGACUGGGCUUGUCCCGUGGGGUGAAGCUGGCUUUGCCUCUUGGGAAGAGGGCGUUGGGGUUUUGAGAUUGGUGACUCAGGUGGAGCCUUGGACUGGAGAGGGUCUCGCUGACACUGAGCUGCCCCAGGGGACAGGCCAGUGACCUCAGGAGCACAGCACCCACCCCAGGGCUGGCUCUGCACUAAGAGACAAUUGCACUAAGUGGAUCUACUCCCAAAGAACCACCUCCCUUCCCAGCCGAGCCCUGGGGACUGUUCCAAAGCCAGUGAAAUGUGAAGGAGGAAGGGACCCCAUGUGGCGGUGCCCCUCGGCCUCAGAGCAGCUCUGCCCUGCUCUUUGCCCGGGCUGAGGGCCUUGGAGGAAACGUGGCACUUUCUCUUGUGGACCUUGCCGCAUUUCCUCCUCGAGGUGUACACUAACUCCCCAAGUUCUUGCGCUUUGCAUUUAUUUAUACAGUGCCUUGCCCCGUGCCCACCACCCCAUCGGGCCCCGGCAGCCCUCAGCAGGCCCAGGGAGGGGUGUGUGAGCGCCAGGUGUGACAGAAUCAGAAACGUCAUCUAGCCACUUGAGUCUCGUGUGGCCAAAUAGAGACGUGUGUGUAAAUAUGUACAUUUAUCAUUUUAUAAAAAGUCAAUUGUU